AUGACAUUAAAUCGUAAUUCAGCAUCAGAAAUUUUGAGAAAUUGUAUUUCCAUGCUUAGCCCUCGAGCACCAAUACAUGCAAAGAUUCGAGCAGUACGAUACAUUAACAACAACUACUACCAUCCAUCUGGUGCUAACACUGACAAACUGUUCAAAGGUCUCAUACGAUGCAUGAAAAUCAGCGAAAAUGGUGUUCAGCAUGAAGCCGUACAAGCCAUAAAUAAGUUUGCCUGCUAUCCACAUUACGGAGGACUUCAAGCAUUGACCGAAUGUGUCAAACAGUGCUCCGGAAAGACUCGAAAUGUUGCUAUUCAAGCUAUUGGAAACAUAGCUGCUGACUGCAGUUUAUGCAGAAAGCAGGUAUGUCGCAGUCCUGCAGUUAGCGUACUUGUUAAUCUCAUGAGUGAAAAUCCAUCAAUGAAGCAGCAAUCAGUGCAGAACCUUUUGAGAACAUUGUCAGUUGUCUUCGAGGACGGUACCACAGUAAUUAACUCUGAAGUAACAUCAAGAGCAGUUCAUAGUUUGUAUCCGAUGCUUUACUCUCCUUCCAACACAACCAGAAAACUGGCCGCUGACUGUGUUUCGCAAGUCGCUUUCGGACGUGGCAAUGAAGCACAAGCUCGUAUUUCUUUAUUUAAAACCAUUUCUUUUAUCAACCUUCUCCUAAGCGUCGAAGGGAUUCUGCCACGUUUAAUGGAGCUCUUAGACGAUCCAGUAGCGUCCACAAGCGCUCUGUUUACAGUUGGUCGCAUUGUUGCCGGUAACGAUCAGCAAACUCAACAUGUCAUUGAUGCAGGUGUUAUACCGCGGCUAAUUGAUUUACAUAAAAAAAAUCCCGACGACAAAAGUCUUCGCCGUGAUAUUGGCUGGAUUCUGAGUAAUUUGGCUGCUGGGAACAGAGAACAAAUAGAACGGUUGUUCAGCAGUAAACAUACUGUGCCGAUGAUACUGGACCUUGCAAAAUCAAAAGAACGCUCGGUUCGUGUGGAGGCGUGCUGGGCAGCAUCCAACGCCUUUCACAGAGCUAGUCCUCAACGAAUUGUAUGGCUCUGCAAAGCGAUACUUCCGGCUAUUCGUACAGCACUUGAUGUUGACAUGGGUUCCGCUCUUCGAGAAAAUGCUCUAGCUGCUGUACGGACUAUCCUAACACAAAAUCCAAACUUUUUGUACCUGCUUUACCGAAUGAAUGUCCUAAAACGGGUAAGAGUGAUUUAUGCGAGAGAAAUAAGUGAUAAUGAAAUUAAGGGAAUUGCUGGUAAUCUGGUCGCUGCAGAAGAUUUCAUGCUUUCAAAUAAUUUUUUGCCAUCAAAGUUCCACUUUUGUUGA